AUGCUCCAAUUGCAAGAAUCACAAGGUUUAGACAAUGUCCCUAGAAAUAAUAUUGGUCAUAUUCUCACGCAACACCAACAAAUGAGCCCUUUUAAUCACACAUUCAAUAAGGAGGUUUGUGCAGGAAAUGGUGUUUUUCUUCCGAACUUAAGCUCAGGAGGGUUACUUAUGCAAUCAGAAGAAGCUGUAGCAAAUAAACACGCCAUUGCAGAACGUAAUCGAAGAAAAAGAAUCAACGCCCACCUCAAUACUCUCCGGAAACUCUUCCCAAAUCUCCCAAAAAGUGAUAAAUCAAGGGUGCUGAAGGAAACGGUGAACCGCUUGAAAGAGCUUAGGAGAAACGUAGCUGACCGUUACUCGUUAAAGGAAAACGGCGGCGGACCUAGUUUGUCGUUUCUGCCGGGGGAAAACGAUGAGCUGAACGUGAGUUAUUGCGGCGGAGAUGAUGGAGAAGAAGGGCGGAGAUUAGUGACGGUGAAAGCCGUGAUAUGCUGUGAAGAUCGGCCGAGGUUGAAUGGGGAGCUGACGGAAGCGGUGAAGUCGGUUAACGGGAAGGUGGUCAGGGCGGAGAUGGCUACCGUCGGGGGUCGGACAAAGGCGGUGCUGGUUGUGCGGUGCGGUGGCGGCGCUGCGGGGAAGGAGGUUGGGUCUCUUACACGGGCUUUGAAAGCUGUGGUGGAAAAUAAGAUGUUGGGCUGUUCUCCGUUAUUGGGCUCAAGUUUAGUUAGCCCAGGCACCGUGAUGAUCUCUCAGUUCUUUGUGCUCUCCCAGAGAGGCGACAACAUCGUGUUCCGCGACUAUCGCGGUGACAUACAAAAGGGAAGUGCUGAGACGUUCUUCCGCAAGGUUAAAUUUUGGAGUGAAGAUGGCGAAGAGGAGGCUCCGCCUGUAUUUAAUGUGGAUGGUGUAAACUACUUCCAUGUCAAGGUGGCUGGGCUCCUUUUUGUUGCAACCACGAGAACAAACAUUGCUCCUUCCCUCAUUCUGGAGCUUUUACAGAGGAUUGCCCGUGUCAUCAAGGAUUAUUUAGGCAUUCUUAAUGAAGAUUCUCUGCGGAAGAAUUUUGUGCUCGUUUAUGAGUUGCUUGAUGAAGUCAUCGAUUUCGGUUAUGUUCAAACAACGUCUACGGAAGUCUUGAAGUCUUAUGUAUUUAAUGAACCAAUUGUGAUUGAUGCAGCCCGUUUGCCUUCACUUGGCCCUGCUUCUAUGUUUAUGCAAGGGAACAAAAGAAUGCCUGGUACUGCCAUUACAAAGUCCGUUGUGGCGAAUGAACCUGGAGGUCGUAAGAGGGAGGAAAUAUUUGUGGACAUUAUCGAGAAAAUAAGUGUUACGUUUAGCUCCAGUGGCUAUAUAUUGACUUCUGAGAUUGAUGGGACCAUUCAAAUGAAGAGUUAUCUGACUGGCAACCCCGAAAUCAAAUUAGCUCUUAAUGACGACCUCACUAUUGGAAGAGGCGGGAAUUCAGUUUAUGGUUAUGGAGGUUCAUCUGGGUCGGGCCCUGUAAUACUGGACGAUUGCAAUUUUCAUGAGUCUGUACAUCUCGAUAGUUUUGAUGUGGACAGGACACUUUACCUGGUUCCACCAGAUGGUGAGUUUCCAGUAAUGAAUUAUCGCAUAACCCAAGAAUUCAAGCCUCCUUUCCGUAUUAACGCUCUAAUUGAAGAAGCUGGACCACUCAAGGCUGAGGUCAUCUUGAAAAUUCGUGCCGAGUUUCCUUCUACUAUUACUGCAAAUACAAUUGCAGUGCAGAUGCCAUUGCCAAAAUAUACGAUGAGGGUUAGUUUCGAGCUGGAACCAGGAGUAGUUGGACAGACGACUGAUUUCAAGGAAUCAAAUAAGAGAAUGGAAUGGAAUUUAAAAAAGAUUGCUGGUGGAUCAGAACAUACUCUACGUGCAAAGCUAACUUUUUCACAGGAAUUACAUGGAAACAUUACAAAAGAAGCUGGACCUGUGAGCAUGAACUUCACCAUACCUAUGCAUAACCCGUCAAGGCUUCAGGUGAAAUACUUACAAAUAGCAAAGAAAGCUAAAGGCUAUAACCCAUACAGAUGGGUGAGAUAUGUCACCCAAGCAAAUUCUUAUGUUGCUCGUAUAUAG